AUGGACGCCCAAGAUAGCAGAGAACUUCAGAAAUUGCUGAAAGAUCGUACGAAGGCAGAAGCUAAGGGUAGAUUUAAAGAAGUGGCAGGUCUUUGUAACUGUAUAGGAGAAUUAUAUUCAAAAUAUGAACAAUAUGAAGAUGCUAUCGUGGAACAUAAAAGAGAGAGAACUGUCAGUGAAAAUAUCAGUGAUGAUAUGGGUGUGGCCGUGGCAUGCAGGAAAUUGGGCGAGUGUUACGUAAGCCUGGAACAAUUCGACAAAGCCUUGCCCCUUCUCAAACAAUAUCUAGACUUGUCGAAAUCUUGUGGGGAACAUAAUGACGUACAACGAGCGUGGACGACUAUAGGGCGGAUGUUUUUGUGUCAGAUAGAUUCACCACGCAGUACUCUGACGUCUGCCCAGGCUUCGAGAAAAGCUGAGGAUGCCUUUAUAAAAAGUUUGGAAGUUUGUGAACAUCUGAAAUCAUCCAUUAAGGUUGAUGAGUUGAUGGACAUGAAAGCCAGAUCAUUUCUUAAUUUAGGUUGUGUAUAUGAUAUUAGAGGAGAAACCAAUAAAUCUGUAGAAUAUUUUAAAAGAGCUAUAUCACUGGCAGAGAAAUAUCGCCUGUAUGAAGUAGUGUAUCUUUGUCAAGUGAAUCUAUCAGCUAUGUAUGAACGAAAUGGUAAAGUCAGUGAGGCGUUACGUUGUUUAGAUGUAGCUAUCAAUACCUCACAGAAACUGAAAGAUAAAUUCAAACACAGUGAAGCUUUAUUACAAAAGGCACAGUUACAGAUUAGUAUAGGAGAUUAUGAAGCUAGUAAACAUGGUUUAAAGAAAGUAAAGAAACUGGGGUUAACAAGAGAUGCUGAUUAUAUUAAGAUGAACAAACUAUAUAAAGCAGCAUGUAAAAUGAAAGAAUCUAUUGAUGAUUUAGAAACAGUGGAUGAUCCUAAAUACAGAAUAAAACUGUACGAUACCCUAGGAGAUUGUGCUGUAGACGCCUUUAAUUAUAAACAAGCUCUGGUAUACUACCAUAAAGUUUUAGAACUAGGGAUAGAUCUAGGACUGGAAGAUAAAGAAAUGGUGCCGAUUUAUGUUUCACUAGCUCGAACUUACGCUGAUAAUAAAAACUAUGUGGAGGCUAUAAAAUACUAUAAAGCUGAACUAGCAUGUUAUAAAGACAAUCGAGAACAGACUGGGAGAACAUGGUUGAAUAUAGCUGAUUUAGAAGAGAAAUUAAACCUGGGCUAUAACAAGAUAUAUAACUCUUAUCUUGAAGCUUUUAAAGCAGUGAGGAAAACUACUAAUAGAAAAUUACAGCUGGCAGUAUUAAACUCCCUAGCAGAAACUCAGAAAUAUUAUAAACAAUCUAACCAUCUAGUGAUAACUGAAGAUAAGAUUAAAACACUACGGGAGAAAUUCAGUAACGAAUUAGACGAGAUAUCAGAUGAAGAAAGUCAACCAAUAGAAUCAAAUGAUGAAGAAGCUGUAGUAAUGUCUGAGUUAUCAGAUUCAGAUGAAGAGGAUGAAGGAGAAGAAACAGUAAUGUUGACCUCUAUGACCUCAAACAGUAGUGGUACCAGGUGUUCCAGAAGAUCCACCUUUAAAAUUAAGAAAAAUGAAAAGGGAGAAACACCACUCCAUAGAGCUUGUAUUGAGAAUAAUCUAAAGAAGGUCAAGAAAUUAAUAGAACAGGGACAUCCAGUUAAUCCGCGAGAUAACUCCGGUUGGAUUCCGCUACACGAGGCAGCCAACUAUAACUAUUACCCUAUAGUAGAAUAUUUACUGGAUCACGGAGCUCAUAUUGACGAUCGUGGUGGUGAUAUGUGUCGAGGAGUUACUCCCCUUAUUGAUGCUGCAGAGAACGGGAAUUUUGAAACAAUUGAGUUAUUGGUGAAUCGCGGGGCUAAUAAACUGGCCAAAAAUGAUGAUGGAAACAAGGCGUUAGAUUGUUUGUUAGAAUGGAAAGAGAGACAAGAAGAUUUAGAUAGAGAUACAGAAAUACAAUAUCACGAUAUCUUAAAAUUACUUCAUAAUGGUACAGCAUGUAAAAUGAAAGAAUCUAUUGAUGAUUUAGAAACAGUGGAUGAUCCUAAAUACAGAAUAAAACUGUACGAUACCCUAGGAGAUUGUGCUGUAGACGCCUUUAAUUAUAAACAAGCUCUGGUAUACUACCAUAAAGUUUUAGAGCUAGGGAUAGAUCUAGGACUGGAAGAUAAAGAAAUGGUGCCGAUUUAUGUUUCACUGGCUCGAACUUACGCUGAUAAUAAAAACUAUGUGGAGGCUAUAAAAUACUAUAAAGCUGAACUAGCAUGUUAUAAAGACAAUCGAGAACAGACUGGGAGAACAUGGUUGAAUAUAGCUGAUUUAGAAGAGAAAUUAAACCUGGGCUAUAACAAGAUAUAUAACUCUUAUCUUGAAGCUUUUAAAGCAGUGAGGAAAACUACUAAUAGAAAAUUACAGCUGGCAGUAUUAAACUCCCUAGCAGAAACUCAGAAAUAUUAUAAACAAUCUAACCAUCUAGUGAUAACUGAAGAUAAGAUUAAAACACUACGGGAGAAAUUCAGUAACGAAUUAGACGAGAUAUCAGAUGAAGAAAGUCAACCAAUAGAAUCAAAUGAUGAAGAAGCUGUAGUAAUGUCCGAGUUAUCAGAUUCAGAUGAAGAGGAUGAAGGAGAAGAAACAGUAAUGUUGACCUCUAUGACCUCAAACAGUAGUGGUACCAGGUGUUCCAGAAGAUCCACCUUUAAAAUUAAGAAAAAUGAAAAGGGAGAAACACCACUCCAUAGAGCUUGUAUUGAGAAUAAUCUAAAGAAGGUCAAGAAAUUAAUAGAACAGGGACAUCCAGUUAAUCCGCGAGAUAACUCCGGUUGGAUUCCGCUACACGAGGCAGCCAACUAUAACUAUUACCCUAUAGUAGAAUAUUUACUGGAUCACGGAGCUCAUAUUGACGAUCGUGGUGGUGAUAUGUGCCGAGGAGUUACUCCCCUUAUUGAUGCUGCAGAGAACGGGAAUUUUGAAACAAUUGAGUUAUUGGUGAAUCGCGGGGCUAAUAAACUGGCCAAAAAUGAUGAUGGAAACAAGGCGUUAGAUUGUUUGUUAGAAUGGAAAGAGAGACAAGAAGAUUUAGAUAGAGAUACAGAAAUACAAUAUCACGAUAUCUUAAAAUUACUUCAUAAUGGUACAGGUUCUGCUACUAAACUGUACACCAAGAAUCCAAAGCCAUCUGCUGCCUCAACAACACAACCGAUAGACUCUUUCAUCCAGUAUUCUAGUGAUGAGGAAAAUCUUCCAGACCCAUCUUGUAUGGAAAAAUCUCAACGCCUAAGGCGACUUUCUGCUCUCAAAAAAGCGCCAAAAGCUUUGAUAGCAGAAGAUAGCGAACCAGAAAACAACCCACCAGAUUCUUAUGAUUCUCAGGAAAUAUACAGGUCGGCCAUUUUGGACGAUUUAAACGACAAUGUUCAGAGUGCUACAGACAAUUAUAGAAAUGCAAUUUCAUUGGUGCGGACUUCGGCUCAAAAUCUUCCCUCGCAAAUUCCAAAGUCUGCUCAAAACCGUAAACCUUCAGAUCAGACUGACUCGAAUGCUCUGAUUGGUGAAGACAAUUUCGUGGGUGAUGAUUGGUUGAUAGAUGAUGUUGGACCAAUCAAAAGGAAGUUUAGAGAUUGUGAUGGAUUUAUGAGUGGGAACACGACACGUAGUGCAUCAAAAACUAAAAAUAAACGUCCUAGGAUUGAUUCUGACAAUGAUGAAACUGUUGAUUUAGAUAAUCUAAGUGAUGUUGCCGAGAGCGAUCAUGUGUCUGUUACCCCUGACAACCAUAAUGAUGUCACAGAUGAUUUUAUUCAGAUUGAUGACACAUCACCAGACACGUUGCCAACGUUACCCACGCGGAAGACUCAAAAGUUUUUAUCAUUGAAGCGGAAACCAAAACAAACUCGUCUGACAAGUUUUGGUGUAAACUCCAGUAGAAGAGAGUCCUCUCAAACAACUUUUGGUCGAUCAACGAACUUUGGUAACCUUGAUGCCUGGGAAUCAGAUUCCAGUAAUUCAAUGGAUGCUCCUUCUUCCAUAUUUGGUAAUAAUUCAACACAAAGUACAAACUUUGGUCUCAGUGCUGUGUCUGCUUUAAGUUCUAUUUCGUCUGCACAUCCAACUGGGACGCAGCCAAUGGGUAGUGUGAUGAGACUCAAAGUUAAAGUAAAAGAGAAAGUUUUGCUGAUUCCAGUUCCAAGCAGUGAUCAAAACAACAAUAUAAACUGGUUAUGUCAAGAAAUAUCUCAACGUUAUUUUAGUCUGUAUGGAUUACGGCCCCUGUUAACAUUAAGUACGAUAGAGGGCGCUAUAUUCUCACCAGAAGAUAUUAUUUCUAUGGUACUAGUUCAUAAUGAUGAGCUGAUUGGUAAUAUAGAUAGUUGGGAUUUACCUCCCUUACAUCAACGAUACAGACAAGCCUGUAAAACACUCAGUACUGUGGUAUAUGGUAACAUCUGUAAUAUUCUACAAACCAGUGAAACGUCAGGUCAGCUAGAGUUACGGGACUUGGCAUUACGAUCUACUCAGUUACAACCGAUAUUCAGAGCUCUACAGGGAACCAAUAAUCUUACUGUAUUAAAUCUACAAGGAAAUUGUAUGGGUGAUAAUGGAGUAGAGAACCUCAGUAAAAUAUUUGAAGCUAUGCCUAAUUUAACCACCUUGAACCUGGCGUGUAAUAACAUCUCCAGUAUAGGUCUUAAAUACAUUGCGGACUCUCUACAGAAAACCACGGACAACAAGGCUUUACAGUUAUUAUCUAGUUUAGAUGUUAAAUAUAAUAUAUUAGGUGAUAGUUGUAUACCAUCACUAGCUAGUCUGAUAUCAUCUCUACCUUCACUAUCUAUAUUAAACUUGUCCUCUUGUUUAUUAACAUCUAACUGUUUUCAACAUCAUAGAAUUAUACUGGCUAACUCAUUGAUAGCAUCAAACUUACAAGAAUUAAACGUAUCCUAUAAUAAAUUUGGUACACUAGGUGUGGAACUCUUGUUGAAAUGUCUGAAUAACCAGAAACUACGAGUGUUAAAACUUUCUCACAUUCAACAGGGAUCCUCUUCUAGUCAGCUGUCACUACAUCUACAGCAAUUUAUCUCCCAGUCUGGAUGUAGUUUAGAAGAGUUAGAUAUAUCAGCUUGUAAUCUAUCUACAGAUGAUCUUCACUUUAUAACGAGGUACAGAAUUUUACUAGUUAUAUUUAUAUCAACUCCAACAGAGUUCAGUGAGUCUUGGAUUGUCUUUGGGUUGAUGAAAAUGGCAGGUGAUAUAAAAGAAUUAAGGAUAUUUUUCACUCAGAAAAAGUCCGAGAGACUACCAGCUUCUUGUCCACGAAUUCACAAACUUACGAUUUCUAAAAAUAAUCGAAUCACAAACCAAACUUUACAGCAACUUUUACAUCAAACAGCUCUCGAGUCAUCUAGCAAACUGGAUGAAAUUAUAGCCAAUGGUUGUUCAGUAAAAUCACCACUGGAUACCCAAUUUCUAGACGCUCUUAGUGAUAUCGUCAAUCGUGAAUCACCUCUACGCUAUUUGUCCUUGACCUGUGAUAACCUUGACAAGGUUGAUUCAGACUGUGUCAAACAGGUCUGGGAAGAAAAGUGGAAGAAUUUGUCGAAAAUUAACAUUCAAGGAAAUUUAAUUCAGUUAAGUGUGUCUGACAGCAAUUCUUGA